UUGUUUCGCGAAGCGCGCUAAACGCACGCGCGAGUUCGGCCACAGCGCAUGCGUGCGAAACCGCGGGAAAAUUAGACCAGUGUUUACGUGCGAUUUUGGGACGUUGCAGUAUUGGAUAUAUUGAUGAUAAUCCAACACUAUGGGAACUUUAAUGCUUGUCUUAUGCGUUAUACCAUCUAUAGUUACAUCAAUUACGGUGUCAUCAAAUGGAAACAGCCCGGAAGUCAAAAUGUUUGGCGGAAUGAUGGUCGACAUGCAAAAAGGCUUUAUACCAAUGACACCUCGCUCGGAAAUGACCCCAGCGGCUACGACUAAUUACACUAAAAGUAGAAAAAUCAAUCAAAUAAAUUCUACAAAGCUUUCCAUAAACGAGAGGUACAGGAGAUUGAUACCUUACAUGACUUUCUACUAUGCUAAUGAUUUAGUUACGCCUACCCCAGAAUCAUACAAAAACGUUGAAGUUGAAAAAGCCCAGAUAAUUGAGAGCAGUACCGUUGGUCAACUGCCGGAUCGUCAGCCUAAGAAAAUAGUUUAUUCAACCUAUAGAAACAUACCUAGAUACCAAGGCAACAGGCUCACCCAUUACAAUAUAGCGUCAGCAAAUCCGACUAAAAUUUACAAGGAAGUAACUUACAACCAGGCACCGAAAGUACCAAAUUACAAUCCAUUUACAUCUGAGCAUAGUCAUUUAGAAAAUCAGAACUAUGGAAGAUUAACUCAGACACUCAACUUCAAACCAAUAAAUAUUCCGGAGAUAGCUACCACUCACAAACCGUAUUUAAAUCUACAGCAAAAUGACGAUCCCGUUAACAUACAGUAUUAUUUUUCGGAAAAAGACCACGCGCCUAAGUACAAAUUAGUGCCUUACGAUCAAACUCCACCAGUAAAAGUGUUACCGCACAAUGAUCAGGUUUAUGACGCUCCUAAAAGACCAAUCGCAGUGCCUGUGAUGGUAUCCAAGGAACCAGUUUAUAUAAAGCCUAGACCGAGACCUCAAUAUGUGUAUGAAAAUGUAGAAGUCCAGCAGCAAAUCGCGAGGAAACAACCAUCGAUAGUCUCGGAGAAUUAUUACGAAAAGCGACCUAGCAUUGAUAUAUCAAAGCCCGAUAUCCUCGGCGGGUUUAAACCUAUUGUCAGUUACACUCAGACUACAGAAGCUCCAGCUUAUACGACUUUGCCUGAUCAACCACUGCCCCAUUUUGAAAGUCAGAAACAGCAUCCAGUUCAAGUAUUUGAAACGACAUCCGUUCCUGAUGUUAACGGUUAUAGGCCGAACUACUAUGAGUAUAUCGUUGAACAACCCACUUACAAACCUGUACAUGACAGCCCUGCUAUUCCAGCAAGCACAAUGACGAUAGGAGAUCUGUUGAACUCAUUGCAAUUGAAUAAAUCAAUUCCCAAACCUAUAACGAGAGAAAAUGUCGCAUCUUCAAUAAGGACGUUACUGCAAGUGCUGAAUGCAUUAAAAGCGAUGCCACCGCAAAAUGAAGUAGAAGUGCCCGUAUUAAGUACGCCGAAGCCAUUCGUUGCACCUGCAGCAGUUGAAGUGACAGUAAAACCAGUGAUAAAUGUUACCCCAGCCUCCGUGGCAAGUGCAGAGGACCUCCAUGAAGAGCAAUAUCUAGCGCCUGUUAACCAGCCCUCGCAACAUAUCGAUAGUGAUGAUUAUCGGGGAGAGGUAACGAGUUCUCAGUCGUUCCCGCUACGACCGCAUUCGGACGACGAGGGCGGUACGCCAGGCCGGCCGGGAGUGGACUACCCCGUGCUUACCGUCAUCCCCGCCACCGCCUUCAACUGCAAGACGCAGCGCUACAAGGGCUUCUUCGCGGAUCCGGAGACUCGCUGCCAGGUGUGGCACUAUUGCGACUUGAACGGUGGACAGGCGUCGUUUCUAUGCCCCAAUGGCACGAUCUUCUCUCAAGCCGCGCUCACGUGCGACUGGUGGUUCAACGUGCGCUGCGCGUCUACGGCGCAGCUCUACGUGCUCAACGAGAGCCUCUACAAGUACAUCCUGCCGCACUCGCCCAAGUUCCCCGAGGACUACAGCGGGCCUCUAGUCGAUAAAUACCUUACACUGAAGUUUAAAGAAAUGGAAGAGCAGUUCAAGAAAAACAAAAACAAGAGUACAGCAUCCGAAAAAAUUGAUUCCGACGGGAACGUGUCCACCGAGGUAUCGAGCGAGAAAAGUUCAGAAGAGAGCGACGAGCAAACAGACAAGAGUGAAGUUAGCGUUAACGAGUCAAGCGUCAUUGUGGCCUCGCCGGGCAGCAGCGGCAAUGUCCAGAGGCUAGAGGAAUAGUACUACGUAUAAAACAGUAAGGCGCAUGACACACUGCAUCCGAUUCGCACGUCGCGUCCGAUGUUUGAGCGAGACACCGCUAUGUGCGUAUAUAGCGACAACUAGAUCUCACGUCGGCGACGGCGACGUGCGAACUGGAUGCAGUGUGCUAAGCGCGUCACUACAUUUAAUUUUUGCAGCAUUUUUAUCCAAGGUCCAUCAGAACAAUGACUUUGCGCCGAAUAUUAAUAGACGCGAUAGGGUAGGCUAGGCGUCAUAGACUGUGAUAGAGCUAUCUAUAGAUAGGCUCAUCGGUUUUACUAAUCUAUACAUGUAUUGCGUAAAUCAUAUUAGCAUUGUAGUCAAAUAUGCUUGAAGGUCGAUAACUAGACAUUAUGAUUUGCCAUUUGAAGUUAAUAUUUAUAUUUGAAUAAGUUUGCCGCGGAGACAAUAAUUUAAGGAAUUAAACUUGCCAUAUUUUGCCAUGUUUAAUUCGGAUAUUCAGAGCUAAAUGAAAUAUGAUUAGGAAAUUGACUGUGUAUGUGUUGUAAUAGUUACUGUAUUGUGCGUGUAUGUGAAUGACGAGAUAUUUUAUAAUGUUGUAAUUUUUGUAUAGCUAGGUAAAUAUUUAAUUGUAUUUUAUUUAGUUACUAAUUAUAACUAGCGCUCUAUAUUACACCUGCCCUCGAUAGUAAAUAGAAAUAAUUCGUAAUAAUUGUAAUUUUAAGGAAGGUACCUACAUAAUGCCUAAUAGAGAGGCAGAACUCCUAAGCUAUUUUAGUUCAUAUUUUGUGCAAUAAAUUGUGUUAUUAAA